AUGAUCGAGGUCAUGCACAUCUCUGGCGACAACGGCCCUGGGUCAAUGCAGGGCUCGCAGGAGAACAGGGCGCUGACGCGGGAGGAGUACGCACAGCUCACGAGGGAGCUCACGACCAGGAGGAUGCCCUACCGCACGCCGAAGCGCGCCCAGUCCACCACCUACGACUACAGGAUCCCCACGGCGCCCCGCGACCACCCGAGCAUCUCCGUCCAGCCCACCGUGCAGGAGCACCCGUCGGGCGAGAACUCGCCCACGGACGCCGGCUCGCGGCAGGCCACGCCCAAGCCGGACGAGCGGGAGCAGGCGGCGGCGGCGGCGGGACGCAAGCGGCCGCCGCUGCCGCCGCCGCGCCGCUCCUACUCGGUCAUGGACUACGAGCCCGUGCCGCACACGCACCGGCCCUCGGCGACGCUCACGCUCGAGGACAUGCCGCCGGAGCUGCACUACGCCAUCUUCGACUGGCUCGACCCCAUCGACAGCACGUGCCUGGGCCUCGCCAACAAGCACUUCUACGACAUCCACGUGCGCAUGCACGGCAGGGUGCCGCUGUCGGCGCGGCGCAGCGGGCCCAACGACAUGGAGUGGGCGUGGCACCUGGCGGGCAACGUGCGGCACGUCGGCGGCGUGGGCGUCGUCCCGCAAGAGCACCACCAGAUGACGGACAAGGAAAAGCUGGCGCUGCUGCGGGUGCGCGGGCAGGCGCUGUGCCGCAAGUGCGGCGUGUCGCGGUGCGAGCUGCACAAGCACAUCCGCGAGUGGAUGGGCCCCGGCUACGAGUACUGCAGCGUGCGGCAGAGGUUCGGCCCCGUGGCGCCCGAGGGCGCGAGCAAGGACUGCUACAUGAGCAGCCCGCGCGACCCGCACCGGUGCGGCCGGCACCGGACGCGGGUGCAGAAGCCCCAGGCGCCCGCGGCGGUGGCGCCUCCGGCUCGUUCAUGA